AUGAAGUUCACCACCACGAUCCUGACCACCGCUGUCCUGGCAGGCACAUCUCUUGCAGCCCCCCGAAGUGGCCUGGCUGAGCGCCUGCGGGCCCGUGGCGUCCUUUCACACCAGUCGAACCCAUCCGAGAGGAAUGGCGUUCUGCUCAAGGAGGGAUCCGAUGGAGCCAAUGUUGAGUACAGCAAGAACUGGGCCGGUGUUGUGCGCGAGAAGCCUCCUGCCAGCGCUACCUACACUGCGGUGUCAGCUACCUUCACUGUCCCCGAGCCAACAGCCACCGAUGACUCUGGUGAUAUGCAGGCUGUGUCUGCCUGGGUUGGUAUCGACGGGGAUACCUACACUCAGGCAAUUCUGCAGACCGGUGUCGAUGCCUACAUUCAGAAUGGUGAGAAGACCUACGAUGCCUGGUAUGAGUGGUACCCCCAGAACGCCGAAAACUUCGACCUCGACUUGACAGCUGGCGAUGUGAUUGUCGCCAAAGUUGAAUCGUCUUCAUCCAGCAAGGGUGUUGCCAUUCUUGAGAAUAAGUCCACUGGUCAAAGCGUGACAAAGUCUCUGAAUGCGCCCUCCACCUCUGCCACUCUCGGUGGCCAGAAUGCCGAAUGGAUCGUUGAGGACUUCAACUCUGGUAGCACCAUGGUUCCCCUCGCCGAUUUUGGCAAGGUAGACUUCACUGGUGCCCAGGCCAAGGCUGCUGGUGCCGACUACGGUGUCAACGAUGCUGCUAUUCUGGAUAUCCAGCAGAAUGGCGAUGUUAAGGCUCAUGUCAAGAUCCUUAGUGAUACUGAAUUCACUGUUGUCUACCAGUGA